AUGGUUGUGAAUUCAUGUUACAUUUUUUGUAAAUAAGACACAUUUUGUUUACUAUAAAAAGGGCAAUUUAUUUCCUAUGUUACACCGCUAUUCUCGCGAGGUUUGGUUUACUAUUAGAGACUGCGAGACCUGCAUUCGCCCAGACUUGAAAAAGACUUUGAGCGAGCCAUCAGCAGCAGCAAGAACAUUUCGCUAGCUGAACAAGGUAUUUUGUUAUAUUGUGUCGAAUUGUUCUUUAUAUUUAUUAAGUACAUUGGUUUAAUUAUUGUACGCUUAUUUAGUAUGCACAAGACUGAAGUAUUUGCUGCCCAAGAACCUCCGAAGUGGCAGGCGGCCACGAGUUUUCACGGCAUAAACCCAAGUAAAGAGCCCGUCUUUAAGAAGCCUUGCCAGUGUUGUCAUUCCGCAGCCACAGUGAAAACUCAACCAGCCCAGCGCCGGUGAGACACGUAAAGACGACAGCAGGUGCAGUGGGUGACGGUACCGUGGUGCGACACCAGAGGGCGCCAUUACCAAGCUCAUCACACACAAGCAACUAAGCAGUGCAUCUACAGUAAAAGGUUAUAAGAAUGAGUAAAGUGGAAAUUAAGAAAGGACAGUGCUAAUAGAAAAACAAGUGGUUUAAGUCAAGUUUAAAAGGUCCACUAUAAGUUUCUACAGCAUAUUUGUCAAAAGUUACUUAAUUUUUACUGUACCUUAUUACCUCAAAGUGAUGCAUUGUUGUUGAAUUAAGAUUUUUGUGCAUUUUGCUUAAGGUCAAAACAGCAUUUUAAGUUUCUAAAAGGAUAUUUAUAAGUUAAAGUCCAACUAAGCGUAUUUGAAGAAGUAUUUUUGGAAUUUAAACAGUGUGUUAACCAAACGCUAAAUAUGACUGACAAAGAUAGAGAAGAGUUACCACUUAACGAAGUUGCAGAACAUGAUGAAGUGUAAGCUACAGAACAACAAACUGUUCGUAAAAGUGAAAGAGUAAGAACAUUAACCGAAAAGGGUAAAGAGCUUCAAGAGGAGAAACUAAAGAGACUCCAACACAAAUAUGCAAUUGUUUUUGAAAAAUGGAGAUAUGAAGCAAGAUUGAGCAGAGUAAUGCUGAGAAAGGAAGCUUCAGAAAGUGAAUUAAAGGAGUUAAUCAAUAACGUAAACAUCACUUGUAAAGAUGUGCAAGUCGUUUAUGACCAGAUACGUCAAAUACAAUCUCCUGAAGCAGACAUUAGACGUAAAGUUGAUGCAUGCACGUCACUCUCCGGAUUUAUAGUCAACAGAGCUGAGAAAUGGCUUGCAGGAGACAUUGAGGAUGACGAAGAAUCGUGGCUAGAUGUCGGAUCAUGCUUAGGAUCUGAAAGUUCUAAAUCAAGGUCAAAAUCACGAAGGUCCAAAAGUAGUUCAGGACAAUCCUGCUCACAAAUAAUAAAAAGAAUGGAAGCUGAAGCUGAAGCAGCUGCAUCUCAAGAAAUACUAGCAGUAAUGGACGAGCAGGAAAGGGAAACAGCUGAACGGCAAAAAUUGGAACUUGAGAACUUUGCAAGGCAACAAGCAAUGGAAGAGCAGCGUAGAAAGAUCGACCGCUUGGAAGAAGUUAAGAAAAUGAAUGCUGCCAAAGCUCGCGUAAAGGUUUACGAUGAAGUUGAAAGUACUGCUGAAAGUCGAAGUUUGUUACACAGUAUUAAAGCCGCGAGUGAAACCCAAGCAAUCCCUAUCACACCAAGCACUCCCUUUCAAGCUAUAAACACAACCCAAGUAUUUCAUGCUACAAGCCAUGCGUUUGCUCCACACAGUCAAAAAACUCCUAUCAUACAAGCAAAGGCCACAAGUCAAACACUCAAAGCAUCAAGUCCACCAUUCAUCCCUCAAGCCACACAAGUUCAAACGGUUGUAACGCAACCCCAGGCAAAUUCUGAUCUAGUUGGCAUACUAGCAGAAGCAAUAAGUGCAAAUCGACUUCCAACUCCAGAACCUGCAUUGUUCACUGGAGACCCACUAAAGUUCAAAGACUGGCAGUUGUCAUUCGAAACAUUAAUUGAAAGAAAGAACAUUCCCAAGAAUGAGAAACUUUACUAUCUCAGGAAGUAUCUCGGUGGAUCUGCAAAAAGAGCAGUAGAAGGAUUCCUCCUAGUAGGAACAGAUGAAGCAUACGACUCAGCUUGGAAAGUGCUGGAAAAGCGUUUUGGAGAUCUGUUCACCAUAGGAAAAUGCUUCAGAGACAAGCUUCAAGGUUGGCCAAAAAUAAGCUACAAAGAUGGAAGUGAGUUAAGGGAAUUUGCUGACUUUCUUGGAAGUUGUGAAGCUGCGAUACCACACAUAAAGGUACUAGAAGUUCUCAAUGAUUGUAUGGAAAUUCAGAGACUCUUGUUGAAACUUCCAGAUUGGUUGACUACAAGAUGGAACCGCACAGCCAUGAAAAUAAGACGAACAAAUAAUGGAGAGUAUCCAUCUUUCCGCACAUUUGUAGAGUUUGUGACUAUGGAAGCUGACUUAGCGUGCGAUCCCAUAGCCUCAAUGCAAGCACUCAAAGGUUUGGACACAAGUAAACCCAAACAUUCACGCAGUCAAGUCAUUCAAGCAAAAACGCUUACUACAAACUCAAGUCACUCAACAAGCUCAGGUCACACAAAUACUGUAACCUGUCUCUUCUGCAAAAGGAAUGGCCACACCCUUGAUAAAUGUUUCAAGUUCAUGGAAAAAAUGGUUCAAGAUCGUAUCAAGUUUGCACAGACAGAAAAGCUGUGUUUUGGAUGUUUAAAGACUGGACAUCAUUCAAAGAAGUGCGAUAAAAGGAGCACAUGUGAGAAAUGUCAAAGGAGACAUCCUACAUGUCUGCAUGACAACAAGUUCAUGGAACGUAAAAAGGCAACACCUGCAAACAGUGAGGAUAACUCUCAAGACAAAGUAGACACUAAAGUCACAAAGGAUGAAGACAAAUCUACCGCAAUCUCUAACAGGGUAAUUCAAGACACCUCAAGCACGUUGACAUCCUCUAUACUACCUGUCUGGGUCUCAUCCACAAACCACCCAGAGAAAGAAGUUCUAGUGUAUGCGCUUCUUGACUCACAAAGCGAUACAUCUUUCAUCUUGGAUGAAGUAGCUCAAGAUCUCAACACAGAUAAAAGCAAAGCCAGUCUGCGGCUAUCUACUAUGUCCGCCAAGUCAACAGUUAUACCAUGUGAGAAGCUGGUAAACCUUCAAGUCAGAGGAUAUAAGUGGAAAAAGAAAAGCAUAUUACCACCAGUCUUUACUAGAGAGUUUAUCCCAGUUAACAGGUCACAUAUCCUGACGUCUGAAACCGCUUUGAAGUGGCCUCAUCUGGAAAAGCUAGCAGAUAAGUUACCACCAAUGCUCGAAUGUGAAGUUGGUCUGCUUAUCGGCUAUAACUGUCAACAAGCCCUUCUACCAAGAGAAGUUCUUGCAGGCAAAGAAAACCAACCCAUGCACAGCUAA